CCUCUUUUUGCUUCGAUAUCGUCACGACAAUGGUAUGUAGGCCUUCAAUGUCGAUUAGAUUUAGGACGGAUCGCUGUAUACGGAUGAGCCAACGAUGAACGAUGGAUGCAUGGGUCGAUCCAAUGGAUGACUUUUUUUCAUCGGCAACACUUAUACACCUUCAAGCUAAUGCGAUCACGCAUUCCACCUGCCAUUUGUACAUUACCGCUUUCGUUUUCACACGACACAAUGCUUCACAGCAGUAUGCGCUUCUUUCGGGUGUAUGCUUCACCUUCAAUGCUUCGAAAAAUGGCUCGCCUAUCUUCCAAUUAUCAACUUUACCUGCUGUCGUGGAUAAGGCAUUCUCUCAUCUGUGUAUUUGGCAUCCGACCUGAAUCUCGACAUUCUAAUCGCUUGGUUGCUUGCGUGAUCACAGUAGAAAUAACGUGCCUUGUUUUUCUCCUUUUCGUUGUUGUAGAGCGCCGUAGAUCAGAAGACCAAGGCUAACCCCAUGCGUAGCCUUCACAUCGAGAAGCUUGUGCUCAACAUCUCGGUCGGUGAGUCUGGUGACAGACUUACUCGUGCUGCCAAGGUGCUCGAACAAUUGACUGGUCAAACUCCCGUCUACUCCAAGGCUCGUUAUACCGUCCGUACCUUUGGUAUCCGUCGUAACGAAAAGAUCGCUGUCCACGUUACCGUCCGUGGUGCCAAGGCUGAAGAAAUCUUGGAACGUGGUUUGAAGGUCAAGGAAUACGAAUUGCGCGCUCGCAACUUCUCCGAGACCGGUAACUUUGGUUUCGGUAUUGACGAACACAUCGAUUUGGGUAUCAAGUACGAUCCCUCCAUCGGUAUCUACGGUAUGGAUUACUAUGUUGUCAUGGGUCGUCCCGGUAACCGUGUCGCUCGCCGUAAGCAUUGCAAGACCACCGUCGGUCCUCACCACCGUAUCAAGAAGGAAGAAUCCAUGGAAUGGUUCAAGUCUCGCUUCGACGGUAUCGUUUUGAACAAAUAAGUCAAUGGAGCUGACGUUCCUUGUUUCUCACAUACGCCAUCUGCAUUGAGCACACAAUAAAUUAUCUUUAUUGGAUGAUGAAGAAAAA